AUGAAAAAUUAAAGCCCUGAAAGUGAUAAAAACCCAAAAAUAAUGAGAAAAAUUAACGAGCACAAUGCUUCACAUCGCACAGAUGAAAAGUAUAAUUUGUUAAUGCAAUUUCUGCUUAUUAUCAUUUAAGAAAAAGUAACUCGAUACAAUAAAACAGAAUACCAAAACCAUAAAAGAAAUGCAUAAUCUUAAAUUAAAAGAAUUUAUUUUAUUGUGACUCGUUUGGUAUAGGAAUCCUAUGGUAGAACUCUAAACAUUCAGAUAUAAGAUACUGUAUAUUUUCAAAAUGGAGGGGCUAAAUCUAUUUUAUAGAGUCUCAAAGAUAGUAUAGAUAAGCCAUUCUAAUUAAGAGUCUAAUUAUGGAAAGGAUCAUUAUAAAAAUUAAUGCAAAUAUAUGAAUAACAAAAGAAAGAAGAUUGCAAAUGCAAAUAUAUAAUUAGAUUUGAUUCAAAAAUGCGAAAAAUAAUAAUCAGCAUUGAGUAUUUCAACAUUUUAUAUAAAAAUGUAAUUAAAUAAAGAGAAGCAGUUUUGGUUAAAUUUGAUGAUGAUUCAGUGUAAAUAAUGACUGAAGCUGAAUUUUUUUUGUUAAUGUCUAAAAGAAAGGGCGAUAAAUUCUGGAAUAAAAUAUUUUCUAUUUUAAAUUACAUUAAACAAAGGGUUUUUUUAACACAUAGAAUUCAUUUUAAUAGAAAAAGAGAUAGUAAUCAUACUUAUUUUGAGCGAAGCGCUAUGGAAACUAGAAUAAUUAGGGGCGAAGUUAUUUCAGCAUCCACAGAGUAUAUUAGUCAAGCAAUAGAAGAUGAUUUCUUAAUAUAAUGA